AUGUCGGGACGUAUCGAUACACACAUUCACGCGCUUCCUCCAGCCUACCUUGCAGCGGUGAACGCCGCAGGAGGGGACCCUUCCGGGUUUCCAUCGCCUGAGUGGUCUCUAGAUGCCACUGUCAAGCUGAUGGAUAGUAUCAGCACAUCGAUAGGAAUACUAUCAGUCUCAGCCCCCGGUGCAUCGAUCGCGGGAAGUGGUGAGGACGGGCGAAAGCUUGCACAUACCUUGAACAACGACCUCGCAAACCAAAUCAGCAAGUCACUAGCGGGGAAACGGCUUGGAUUCUUUGGAGUGCUCCCUGACUGGGAAGACGUCGACGGCGUAAUAUCAGAAAUCGAGUUUCUUUACCAGAAGCAGAGACUCUGUCACGGUGUAACCGUCUUUACCUCGUACGGGGGCAAGCUCCUCGGGGACCCAGCCUUCAAGCCCAUCUGGGAGAAGCUGCAAGCUCAAAAGGCUCUCAUCUUUCUCCAUCCGACGGGCCUCGACGUGACGCCAAAGCUCAUAGCUUCAGCUCUCCCGCAGCCGAUCGUCGACUACCCUCUCGCGACUACCCGGGCCGCGGUGGACCUUGUCCUAACCGGGACCCUCCACUCCUGUCCCGACGUCGACGUGAUUCUCUCGCACGCUGGAGGAACUCUCCCAUUCCUAGCCACCCGUGUGCUUGGAACCCUCAACAUCCCAGCCCUCGCUGAUGUCGUAGCUGUGGAUUAUGAGACUGCGCAGGCCGACUUUGCUCGGUUUUAUUAUGACACGGCGUUGAGCUCCAGCCCGACCCAGCUAGGUGGCUUACUCGACUUUGCCGAUCCGUCUCACAUUCUUUUCGGAUCGGAUUUCCCAUACUGCCCUGAUCUGCUAAUUGAGCUUCAGGUUCUUUCCUACGAGGGGUUUGUUGCAUCUCAUCCAAGAGGGUCGGUUCUUGCACCCGAGAUUUUGCGAGACAACUCCAUGGCCUUAUUGAAGAAGCACAGUCAGGGGAGCGAUCCAGAUUGGGACUGUGAAGUGAAGAAGGUGGUGCAUGAGUCGAAGAUGUAA